AUGCAUCAAGACCUGAAGGCAAGUUCCUCUGGGGAGGAGGUCCUCACAGAUCAUUACAUGAUCCUCAAUACUCUUGGUAUAGGCAGCUUUGCUGAAGUGAAACUGGCCUGCCACCUCCGUACAGAGGUUCCGGUUGCUCUGAAGAUUAUGGAUAAGGACAAAAAGAAAGAUGCCUUGAUCACAAAUGAAGUAAAUAUCAUGAAAUUAUUGAACCACCCUAAUAUAAUUAAACUGUUCCAUGUCAUGGAAACUACCCAACAUAUCUUUAUGGUUAUGGAACUGGCCUCUGGAGGUGACCUGGCAGGCCAUAUAGUGGAGGUGGGAUCCAUGCAGGAAGAGGAGGCCCAACACAUCUUCACACAGAUGGUAUGUGCAGUUAAAUACUGCCAUGAGAAUAGCAUUGCACACAGGGACAUCAAACCAGAUAACAUACUGUUAGAUGGCAAGGGAAGCAUCAAGCUGUGUGAUUUUGGUCUGGCUAUCAAAGUAACUGCUGGGCAGAAAUUGAAGAUGUUCUGUGGUACCCUUCCAUACUGUGCUCCAGAACUUUUCAAUGGCCAAGAAUAUGACCCCAAGACACCUGAUAUCUGGAGCAUGGGAGUGGUACUAUAUCUCAUGGUGACAGGGUACCUCCCAUUCAAAGCAACAACAUAUAAAGAUAUGAAGGUGGAGAUGGAAGAUCCACAUUACUAUAUUCCACCAAAGCUUCCAGAACACAUCAUCAACCUCAUUGUGAAGUUGUUCACUAUUGACUCUGAGCAGAGGCCCAAGAUACAUGACAUUAUGAAACAUCUGUGGCUCAAGGACAGUGAAGAACUUUUAAAACUAUCAUCUUCCCCAGAAAUGCUCCCUAGCAAACCAAACAUUAAUAUUGUGACAGCCAUGUGGGUCAUGGGCUACAGUCCCAAGGACAUUAGAGACUCUUUACAUGAAAAAAAAUUUAACAACAUCAUGGCAACUUACUUAAUAUUAAAGCAUCAGUCAUUCUUGGGAAGAAACAUACAUCAUCAAAUUAAACCUGUGCAAUUUAGUGUUGCCAGUACACCUUCAUGUCUUCCAAGGGCCCACCUCCCCCUAAGACGCACAGGGAGUGAGCCUGCUCUUCCCACCUACACCUUUCUGACAAAACAUCAGUUUCAUGCCAAUGACAAGAUUGCAAUGAAAAAGGGGAGCAGAAGGCUCAGCAUGCCUGACAUCUUGUGGUGUCAACAGAAGAAGACCCUCUUUCCCAAAGGAGCUCCUGAAUGUGAUCCUGUAGUUGCUCUUCUCAUGAGAAGCAGUUUUCAGAAGAGACACAUGACCUCCAAGGUUGUGGCCUUAGGCAGUACAUCAUCAGAAAAUAUUCUUUCUAGAAACCAUAUUGCCCAGAUAGCAACACAGAGUGAAACCAAUCUGAAGAACAGUUCAUCUCCCCAGAAUACAUCAUCUGUAAUGAGCUCCAGGGAGACGGCUCAAGGUGUUACCACUACAGGCACUCAUAACAAAGAAAGGAGUUCCUUCCUGUGUGAAACAUCUGAGCCAAACUCCAGCGGUGCCCAGCCCCAGAGUGUGAUCACAGCCUCUUCCCACAACAUAAGGGAGUACUGGAAGAGGAUUGGAAUAGAGGCCUGUAUGUUAAAUAUUGACAAUGCAGAGUCAUUGGGUAUGCUGAAGGAGUAUUUAGUGGGUGGAGAAGAGCAUUCUGAAUCCAAUCUAGGUACAACACUGAGUAUAUUCGUAAUUGGAGAAGUGAUUUUCAUUCUCCGGGAAGAACCUUUGUUAGCAAAAGUUUAUUCCCAUCUCUCCUGUGAUGUGUGUAAUGGAGCAACUGCUAAUAUCAGUCACCUGCUUUCACAGGCCACCCUUGAAGAUGGUUCUGCCUCUGUGUCCAGUAUGGAUUACAUCACAGUUUCUGUGACUCUGUCUUUUUCCCUCUCAGAAAAUCCUCUGGGAAAUCCAACUCCAGACCUUCCACAUGAGCCUUCUCUACAGUCUUCCUCUAUUAUCUCACCUCACCAGGGUACCCACUUAGAAGACACACUUUCUGCCUCACUUCUGGAUGACUCUGUGCUAUCAAAAUCUAUUCCUCCUGUGAAUUCUAAAUUCUCUCUGGACCCUGAUUCUCUCCAUCUAUGCACCACUUUCCAUCUUCCACAACAACAUGCCCCUCAAGAAACAGAACUGCUGCUUCUCCAACCAGUAACUGCUCUGUCUCUGGUGGGCAGCCCUAGGGAGCUGUUCACCAUCCCAUCAAACAAAAGCAUUUGCAGUUCAAGGCAUGCAAUGUCAAAAUUUAUUCAGCAGCAGACAGAUACUUGCGACUCAUUUCGGUUGGAGCCAGCACAUUUGGCUAGCCAAGAGCUUCUUGACCUCCAUUCUUCUGGUUCCUACUUACAGAGAAACAUCACAACCUGUCUUACAUUACCUGGAAACCUUCCCUUUCCCAGCCUUGAUGCCAUGGUACUACUUGAGAAACAAGUUGGAAAGAUGGCUGAUUCAUUUAAAACUUGGGGGAAGACCCCAGAGUCUGAUCAGCACAACUUGACAGUUUCCCAUUCUUUGGGCAGCUGCAAAGGUAAACCAGAGAGACUUCAUAUACACCAACAGUCUCAUCAUCUCAGGACCUCUGAAGACCAGUUAGAGCCUAAUCACAUCCAGUUCUUCUGGGGCCUCCCUUCUUUACACAGCGAGUCCAUGAAUUCUAUUGCUACUGUGUGGGUUGACAGUUCCCUGAUCUCUGGAUGCUUCAACAGAUUCUCAGAUUCCCCAGUUCUUACUAAUCACAUACCUUUGUCCUUGCCUGAGAGUCAACCACAGAACUUGCCCCAAAUUCUGUCCUUAUCUCAGUCCCAACCUGUCCCUCCAGCCAAGCCCCAGCUUCAACACCCAAUUCCAGUUCUAUCACCUUUUUCUCAAUCCCAGAUUAGAAUCUGUGAGGGUGUAUUUUCACAGACCCAGGAUAAGGUACAGCCACUUGAGUCAUCUGAAAUCCACUGCCUGAAUUACAACAUCUUGAAAAAGGAGCUUGAGAGAGUGUGGGGUUUACCCACUGUGGUCAAAAAAUCGCAGGAAGAAUUUUUUCCUCCACCUCCCAAGCCCUCAUUAGUCAAGCAGUCUUUCAAGACCCAUGUUCUCAAGUCCAUCUCUCUUGGAAAUUUCCUCCUCACCAGUGACCUCCGGAAGAAGCUUGAGAACCACCUUCGAAAGAGGCUCAUCCUACAACACUGGGGCCUGUCAAAGAGGAUCUAUAAGUCUCUACCAUGGGUGAAUCCUCUGGCAGAACUUCCAGAAACAUCCUCAUCUACAAUCAACUAUGAGCUUUCUUGGCUAUCUUUCUUUAAGCAACAGGGAAGCAAAGACCUACACAACAGUGUAUUGAACAAACCUGGAAGCUUCCCAGCAAGACAGUCAGCAGAAAAACUGUUCAAGGCCAGGGCGCAUAGCACAGAGACUAUUAAAAAACACCAGCUUUGGAGUAACACCAAGGGCACUCUAGAUAAUGGCCUGCAAUCUAACUGUGAGGCAAUCCUACACCACCACCCAGGCAGUCUGUCAGGCAAACCGUCAGGGACCUCACAGGUGAGCCAACAUCGGGAAAAUCUUGAAACUGCCCUGCAAAAGCAUUUGGCCAGGCAGCUCAAUGAAACAAAUGAGGGACAGAUUGGCACUGUGUCUAGAUCAGGGUAUCAUCCUCUCCCUUUUACUUCACAAGUGGGUAAGGAAGAGCAUGAGGCUCAGAGACAGUCAUCUUCUGAUAAGAAGGAUGGACAUGUCGAGAGCAAGUAUAUAAUGACCAAGUCUGUGCUGCAACAGACAUCCAUUAUCUUAGACAACAGAAGCCUAAAAGAGUCAGAGAGCAAUAAACACAGCCCAGAUGUGCCCAGAAUAGCCAACGAGGCUAGCCUUGUGCCAUUGGGUAAGAGACUGUAUUCCAGCAAAACAGUCCAGGGGCCUCAAGGAACAAAGGUGAAUGUCAAAAGCAUAUUUUUAUCCAACAAGGUCAGUAACAUGGUCAAAGGAGGGCAGCUCAGUGGUCUUCAACCACAACAUACCAAGAUCUUGAACACCACCCAGUGCAAGAGUACCCAAUGGGCAAAUGGAAAUACAACAAAAGUACAAAGUACUCUGGUAGCUGGAAGGGCCCUGAAGGAAACAUCAGGUCCCCAUGAAAGUCAUGUGCAGCAGAUUCUCUUCUCCACAACUGGCCUUAGUGUGGAACAGCAACAUGAGCCCUGGAUGCAUUCAUAUGUCUUAGACAAGUGCCAGAACAAGGACUUCCCUCCAUCUGCCAAGAAGGCAUACCCUCUGGCCUGCAAAACAGGAGAGCUUGGUGCAGGUGAUACUUUCAUUGACCAAAAGAAAUGA